AUGGCAUCCGACGGACCGCCGGGGACUGAACCUAUGCCUUCCGACUUGGGGAGCUCUGUAGCGGCCCUGAAUACAUGGAGCAACCCUGAGCUUCAAGCCAAGCUAGGCGAGCUAGGCGCUCCCAACAUGGGUAUGAAUCAAACUAUGAUUAGAAGCCGAGGAGCAGCAAGUUUUGAAUGGAAUGAAUUGUGUGUAGCAGUAGCUAGCUGCUAACAGGCUAGCCAUACCUAUUUACUUCCGCGGCAAAGUUAGCUAGCUAGUAGGCCCUCAUGGAAGUAAAGGAGAGUGAAAACUAACGUUAUCCUAACUCUCUCGCUAUCUACCAACUAGCUAGCUACCUACACAAACAAUGCAUAUUAGCUACAAGUUCAUGUUCAACACCUCUACGAAGAGGAUUUUGCUUACUUAACGUUAGCGAGUCAUCAUCAUGAUUUUUUAUUUUAUUUAACCUUUAUUUAACUAGGCAAGUCAGUUAAGAACAAAUUCUUAUUUGCAAUGACGGCCUAUACCGGCCAAACCCGGACGACGCUGGGCCAAUUGUGCGCCGCCCUAUGGGACUCCCAAUCACUGCCGGUUGUGAUACAGCGUGGAAUGGAACCAGGGGGUCUGUAGUGACGCCUCAAGCACUGAGAUGCAGUGCCUUAGACCACUGCGCUAACAGCUAAUCUUAAUUUGCUGUUUUGGUUUGGUGUUUGAGUGAUAAAAGGCGCUGCAUGGUCAAUCUGUUUGCAUUGGCCAUGCAGCAUUUAAAGCCAGUUUAUGCUUCAUCUGAUAAUAUGGUCGGAGGCCCCAUAUGGAUGGUGUGACGCAAUUGCGGAGCCUCCAGAGCAUGCAGAGGCCAAAAUGAGCUCAGUAUUGGAUCGCCAUGCCCCUCUCAAUUUUUUUAACAAUGUGGAGGGCUCCAUAUAGGUCCGGCAUUGACAUGAUUGGUUGACUGUAGGUGAGGGCGGGAGGUCCUGUAUAAACACAAACUCACUUUGUUGACAACUUCCUUCACAACAGCUCUGCCCUGCUCAGCGAAGUGAAAGAAGUAUGAAUUCGCUGACUUCUGCAGAGGCCGUAUCACUGUAAAUGCUGCACGGCCAAUACAGAUGACCGAUUGACCAUGCAACGCCUUUUACGGUGAUAUUGGCUAUGCAGAAGUAACAAUGUGCUUAUCCAAUUGGCACAGAGCAGUUGUGAAGGAAGUUGUCAAAGAAUGUUUAUACAGGACCUCCUGCCCUCACCUACCGUCAACCAAUCAUGUUAAUGCAGAGCUAUACUGAGCCCUCUGCAUUGUUACAAAAUUGGACUUCUGCAUCCAGAGGCUCCCUCACACCAUCCAUUCGGCACCCCCGACCAUAGCCGCGGUAAGUAGGGGUGCUGAGGGUGCUGCAGCACACCCUGAAAAAUCAGAAUAACAAAAAAAUCACACAUGUAAAAAACAUAUUUUUCCACAAAAGUAGAGUACUAAUAGUAGUGUAUUAGCGGACCGAUAUAGCCAUCUGAAGCACGGGCUAAAACGUUCCCCCUCCCUCCUCCAAGAAAAAAAUCACAGCACCCCCAAACUACUUCCUGUUGCUAUGCUUCCGACCACAUUUUCGGAUCAAGGAUAAAUUGGCUCUAAGCAAGUCACGCAUGCUCCGAUGCUUUCCACUAAGUGGCUAAUUAACUACUUAGCAAUAUGAAUUAACCUCUUAUACCAUCCAUUUGUAAUGAAAUCAUUGUUUGUUAUUGUCCCAGCUCUAUUGUUCAUUGUUGGUUUACAGUUGUCUUUUCCUCCUUCCUUAGGUCCCAGAGAGGAGAUGCUGGACAGGCUCAAGGGAUACAUGAUGCAGGUCAGUGUGUGCUGGGGAGAGUGGAAGAGGAUAUUGCAUCUUAUGUGUUUAUCUGAUCCAUUUAUCUUUGUGUGUAUCUAUGCUUUUCCACUCAGACUGGAAUGAUGCUCAGCAAGCCCAACCAAGGAGGUGAUGACAAACCUAUGACCACGCAGGUCAGCACCAACAGACCCUAUAAGGUGUUUAGACGGUCCAAUCUAAUUAAUCUCAUUUUUACAUUUCAUCACUCUGAUUAUUUAGCUCUACACUCUGCAGCGUUUCAUCAAUCUAUCUUAAACAGGACCAGGAGUUUUACCUUUACCAUGUGAUCUGACCAGUAAAAACUCAGGGGAGUUGUCCUGGUUAGGCCACAUGGUGCAGGAAGAACUACUUACCCAAAUCAAAAACAACUUUACCAACAACCACCCUUCCCUCUUCCUCUACCUUUCUCCCCCAGAUGCCAGGCAUCCCCCCCAUGCCCCCAAUGCCCAUGCCGCCCAUGCCACCUGGUAUGGGUAUGCUCCAGGCGAUGAGCAUGAUGGCGGGUGGACCCCCUCCACCAGGGAUGCAUAUGGGCAUGGAGCCUCCAGGCAUGCCCCCCGGCCUCUCCCAGGAGGACCAGCUGAAGAUGGUGCAGCAGAGGGCUGCCAUGAUGAUGCAGCACGAGGAGAGGGCCAAACAGCAGGUAAGACCAGACCACCGGAGAGGGUUUUAUCUAGGCCCCUGAGUUUUACCUGACUAGGAAAUACUCUAGGCCCUAGUUGUAAGGUAGUCUUUCUUCUCUUGCGAUGGGAAGGAAGCAGUGGCUGUAAGAGGGGUUCUGGUGUUGAUGUUCAGUUGGUGAUGCAUAGUUUCAAAAGUUGACAUUUUGUGUGUGUUCAGGGGGAUUCCCGUGCUAUGGAAGAGCGCAUGAAGGAGCAGGAGCUUCUGGAGCAGCAGAAGAGGGUGAGGACAGGAGGAGAUGGCUGUUCAUGUCUUUCUCCCCUCUAAAUGAUUCUGUAGUAAUUUAUCAGUAGUGUUGUGUCACAACAAACCACAUAGUUAUGGUACAGCCUCUUUACUUGCUUGGAAUAUCUCACAUCUUCUCAUUCUCGCUCUUCCCUACCUCUCUUCCUUCCCUCCCUCCUCUCUCUCUUCCCUUCAUCUGUCUCUUCCCUCCUCCCUUCUCUCUUCCUUCCUUCCCUCCCUCCUCUCUCUUCCCUACCUCUCUUCCCUUCAUCUGUCUCUUUCCUCCUCCCUUCUCUCUCUUCCUUCCUUCCUUCCCUCCCUCCUCUCUCUUCCCUUCAUCUAUCUCUUCCCUCCUCCCUUCUCUCUCUUCCUUCCUUCCCUCCCUCCUCUCUUCCUUCCCUACUUCUCAUCUCUCCUCCCUCCGUCAGGCGGCGGUGAUGUUGGAGCAUGAGAGGCAGCAAGAGCUCUCUAAGAUGCAGCAUGGAGGACCAGGGCCCAGGAUGUCUGACCCAGGGUCACGACCCCCUGGCAUGAUGCCGUCCAUGAUGAGAGGUCAGUAGUGCACACCGUUAGAGAACGACUAAUAGUAUCGACGUAGGCGAUUUUCUCCUUUAUAGCGCGUUAACACACUUGCCUCUCGUGUGAAACUCCUGCAAGCCGGCGCCACUGCUAGCUAGUUAGCCUGUCAUUGAGGAACCUCUGGGCUGCUUGCUAGCAAGCCACUAGUCCACUCAUGCUGCAAAAAAUGUUAGCACACUUUAAUAAUGCCACACACAAUGUAGACAUUUUAGAAGUGAUAAUUAAUUAACUGUUAGGCAAAAUAGUGUACAUACAGGCUGCAGCACUUACAAAGCAACUAGGGGUUCCGUUACCUGGUAAAUGCCGGCUUUUGACCGUUUAAAAAAAAUGAAAAGCCGCUAAAUAUAAUUGUUGCCGGACACAUUUUCUGGUAGAAGAAAAAAAAUCCAUUGAGAAAUACUGCUUUUUAUUCAUUGAUGGUGUGCUCCAACUUCAAAGUCAAAUAUACUUCAUAGGCUAAUAAAUCCUCAAGCUGCUUGGAAAUUAGUGUUUUUAUUUUUACCCACGCAAAAGAUGGCAGGUCCUCAUAAGGGACUUCAGAUAAGUGUACCCCGACUGGGCAAAAUUGGCGACGAUUGUGUUGAUUAUACCCGUUUCCAGUGUGCCCACCGAGAGGGGAUUCUUUCUCAAAGAGUGAAGACGGCCUCAAGCACUCGCUUUUUCGAGGACAAAGUAACGAGGCUGAUGCGCAUCGCAAGCUGUUCCAAGGAGUUGGACAGUUUUGACUUCCCAACAGCAGUGCCUCACAUUGAGCAGGCCAAGGUCCACCGCAAACGGCAAUAAAUUAGAGGCAAAUGAUUGUGUUCGUCAGGCUCGGUCCUAGUAGUUCUGCUGCCGCCCUAGGCAAGAUCAACAUAUCCCGCCCUUGUGUCAUGUAUAGUAUACAGAUUUGGAAUGGAUUGAGAGAGUAGAGUAAUGAUGUGUAGGCUAUCAUGCACAAUAGGUGCAUUUCAUUUGAUCUUAUUCAGUAGAACUUGGAAACGAAACAUCGUUGCCAACUAUUCACAUCGGAGAGUUGCAAUCAUUAGUCAGCCAACAGCCUAUAGUAGGAAACAGAGUUGUUGAUCAAUAAGCCACGUAUAUCACACAUGACGAGUCACGACCCCACGAUAGUUCAAAUGAUAACAAACAUACCAUUUAUUAACAUCAUCCAGUAGAACUGUAAAAAGAGUGAGAUUUUAAUUUGAGCAUUUGGAAAGAAGUGCUUUCGUAAAUGCAUGGCGCGGGCCUCGUUUUACAGGAGCAUUGUAAAAUAAGCUUUCUCUCCAUGAACCAGCCUUAACGAAUGUUGUUUAUUUACAUAUGGAAUUUGAUUGUCCAACAUCAGUUUGAUAAUUCCUUCAUUUUAUGGCCUCCUAGAGUGGCCUCUUUCCACUGCUGUGGUGCUGAUUCACAUCGGGAGUGGGCAGGCUAGCCAUGUUGUUCAUAGACUGCCAUGUUUUGUUAUUUAUUAGGCCUAAUUAAAAUGUUCAGGCCUAGAUUAUAUUUUAAAACAGCUGCGUUUUGUUAUUUAUUAAUACAAAUAUUCAUACAAAUAGUCUAUAGGACAGGUCGUUCGCAGGUUAUAUUAUACAAAUUAUUAUAUUUUGAAGUUUUAUUGCUGUGUAGACGGCUUGUUCUUCUAGGCGUAAUGUUGAUUUUUUUAUGAUACUCAUUUAUGAUUUAUAGUAGGGAUGAAGAAGCAACGGGCAAUGUUUUGGUUUUCAAUAAAACCUGUCAUGUUGGUAUAAGAACAUCGUUCUACUUUAUUUUAUUACGACUUUACAGGCUAAUUUCUAUUUUGUUAAGAUUAAUUACAAUAAUCUAAAUGUGAUUUUGAGCACCGUGGGUGGACGGCCUAAUGCAUUAUGCACCCAAUGCAUAUGGUGGUUAUUAUAAUUAUAAUCUUUCCGGUCACGUUGUCCGGCGCCAAAUUUUCCUAACGAAAACCCUGAAAGCAACAUACCAGUAGCUAGCUAGGUAAACAACAACAUUCAGCAUAGAGAACUUUUGCUAGCUAUGAAGCUAACGUCAAUUCACUACCCUAGAACUUUAUUUGUGAUAGCAUAUUUUGCGUUAUGGUUUGUAUAUUAGCUAACUUCAAAGCUGAUUGUCACCGAAAAUGUGUGCUGAGCGAUUAACCAAAAUGUAAGUUAUUUUUCAGUUUUCAAACAACAAAUUGACCAUCGUCGGUUCAAUUAUUUUAAUUCCAUUUCGUUCAGGUUUUUUCUGUGAGCUCAAUGCGCGCAUUGCACAGUUUCUCUAGAGAUAAAUCAGAUCCAGCCUGAACUGUGUGAUGUAGUAGGGAGUUGUAGUUUCCAAUAGGCCAAUAUUCUACAUUGUGUAGCGCAUAAAACGCGGUAAUUAACUACAAUUACCAUAAUCCAUUGCACAUCUAUACUGAACAAAAAUAUAAACGCAUCAUGCAACAAUUUCAGUGAUUUUACAGUUCAUAUGAGAAAAUCAGUCUGUUUAAAUAAAUUAUUUAGGCCCUAAUCUAUGGAUUUCACAUGACAGAUAUGCAUCACAAUGGGCCUCAGGAUCUCUUCACGGUAUUUUUGUGCAUUCAAAUUGCCAUCAAUAAAAUGCAAUUGUGUUCGGUGUCCAUAGCUUAUGCCUGCCCAUACCAUAACCCCACCGACAUCAUGGGGCACUCUGUUCACAACGUUGACAUCAGCAAACCGCUCGCCCACAGGACGCCAUACAAGUGGUCUGCGGUUGUGAGGCCAGUUGGACGUACUGCCAAAUUCUCUAAAACAAUGUUGGAGGCGGCUUAUGGUAGAAAUAUGCACAUUAAAUUCUCUGGUAACAGCUCUGGUGACCAUUCCUGCAGUCAGCAUGCCAAUUUCACGCUCCCUCAAAACUCGAGACAUCCGUGGCAUUGUUUAGUGACAAAAUUGCACAUUUUAGAGUGGCCUUUUAUUUUCCCCAGCACAAGGUGCACCUGUGUAAUGAUCAUGCUGUUUAGUCAGCUUCUUGAUAUACCACACCUGUUAGGUGGAUGAAUUAUCUUGGCAAAGAAGAAAUGCUCACUAACUGGGAUGUAAACACAUUUGUGCACAAAAUGUGAGCGAAAUAAGGUUUUUGUGCAUUUGGAAAAUUUCUGGGAUCUUUUCUUUUAGCUCAUGAAACAUGGGACCAACACUUUUUUAAAUGUUGCGUUUAUGUUUUUGUUCAGUGUACUUGACCGGUCUGUUUUAUUUUUUUACGCCUGCUACCUGCUACGGAAGAAACAAGAAUGCACGAUCGUGAAGGGAUAUAUAUAGAGCAGCUGUUGCUUUGCGAGUUAUCUCUACCUGAAAGUACAUGAUCUAAGUGAUUGAUAGUUGGUAUUCAGCAGUCAUAAAAGUAUGCCUUAUUUACUUUGAAGAACUGCAAAAUAGUGAUUUUUGUUAGACAGCGUAGGCAACAGCUGAUGAUGACUUGGAAUAAAAUAAUAGUCAUCAAUAAAACAAAUGUAAUAUACACAACUGAAAUAUUUAAUUAAAGUAAAUUGAAUAAAUUAUGGUUGAUGAGUAGUAAUGGGCAGUCACUACCAUCAUGGGACUUUUAUUAAUUGUUUUAUUCUGUGGUGUUACAGCAUUCAACCCAAAUAAUCGAAACAGAGAUCAUUUUUAGUAAUCAAACCUAAACUGAACAAACCUCAAAAAGCAUGAAUUGCUCAACACUACCACAAAUGUUAAUUCACUGAGUUAGCUAAUUGACUUGUCUUUCCCUUGCUGAGCCGAACUGCCUGGCUACAUGCAGAGUAUGUGAGCUCGGAAAUCCUGUUCAUCGCUCACAGAGCGGUGCUUACGCACCAUUCUGUCGCUUGGCAUCCUUUCCAACCACUCCGCUAAAAACCGCUCCUCGCUCACAGGGGAAAAAAACUGCAGCUCCAAAUUCGCUCCAUUCAUUAAAAUCACCAUUUAACCAACACCCAUCUAUUUUUGUGACUACCUAGACCUACUAUUUGGUUUUGAAGUAUUAAAACCAAACCAUACGAUUUGAAUGAAAAGUAUUUUAAUAAACAACAUGAAAAGGUGACCUUUUUAAGAUGCACUCAUUUCAAAUAGGCUGCAUGUCGUAUUAAACAGCAUAUACACUGUAAACACUAAAUGGUUCAGGAGCCAGACAGGUAGCCUAAGAAGGAACGAAAAGGAAUUAUUUAGACUAUAUCAUUAGCCUAUAGUCGUGGUAAAAAGUUUUGAGAAUGACACAAAUACACAUUUUCACAAAGUCUGCUGCCUCAGUUUUGAUGAUGGCAAUUCGCAUAUACUCCAGAAUGUCAUGAAGAGUGAUCAGAUGAAUUGCAAUUAAUUGCAAAGUCCCUCUUUGCCAUGAAAAUGAACUUAAUCCCCCAAAAACAUUUCCACUGCAUUUUAGCCCUGCCACAAAAGGACCAGCUGCCAUCAUGUCAGCGAUUUUCUCGUUAACACAGGUGAGAGUGUUGACGAGGACAAGGCUGGAGAUCACUGUCAUGCUGAUUGAGUUAGAACAGACUGGAAGCUUUAAAAGGAGGGUGGUGCUUGAAAUCAUUGUUCUUCCUCUGUUAACCAUGGUUACCUGCAAGGAAACACGUGCCGUCAUCAUUGCUUUGCACAAAAAGGACUUCACAGGCAAGGAUAUUGCUGCUAGUAAGAUUGAACCUAAAUCAACCAUUUAUCGGAUCAUCAAGAACUUCAAGGAGAGAGGUUCAAUUCUUGUGAAGAAGGCGUCAGGGCGCCCAAGAAAGUCCAGCAAGCGCCAGGACCGUCUCCUAAAGUUGAUUCAGCUGCGGGAUCGGGGCACCACCAGUGCAGAGCUUGCUCAGGAAUGGCAGCAGGCAGGUGUGAGUGCAUCUGCACGCAUAGUGAGGCGAAGACCUUUGGAGGAUGGCCUGGUGUCAAGAAGGGCAGCGAGGAAGCCACUUCUCUACAGGAAAAACAUCAGGGACAGACUGAUAUUCUGCAAAAGGUACAGGGAUUGGACUGCUGAGGACUGGGGUAAAGUCAUUUUCUCUGAAUCCCCUUUCCGAUUGUUUGGAGCAUCUGGAAAACACCUUGUCCGGAGAAGACAAGGUGAGCGCUACCAUCAGUCCUGUGUCAUGCCAACAGUAAAGCAUCCUGAGACCAUUCAUGUGUGGGGUUGCUUCUCAGCCAAGGUAGUGGGCUCACUCACAAUUUUGCCUAAGAACACAGCCAUGAAUAAAGAAUGGUACCAACACAUCCUCUGAGAGCAACUUCUCCCAACCAUCCAAGAACAGUUUGGUGACGACCAAUGCCUUUUCCAGCAUGAUGGAGCACCUUGCCAUAAGGCAAAAGUGAUAACUAAGUGUCUCGGGGAACAAAACAUAGAAAUGUUGGGUCCAUGGCCAGGAAACUCCCCAGACCUUAAUCCCAUUGAGAACUUGUGGUCGAUCCUCAAGAGGCAGGUGGACAAACAAAAACCCACAAAUUCUGACAAACUCCAAGCAUUGAUUAUGCAAAAAUGGGCUGCCAUCAGUCAGGAUGUGGCCCAGAAGUUAAUUAACAGCAUGCCAGGGCGGAUUGCAGAGUUCUUGAAAAAGAAGGGUCAACACUGCAAAUAUUCACUCUUUGCAUAAACUUAAUGUAAUUGUCAAUAAAAGCCUUUGACACUUAUGGAAUGCUUGUAAAUUAUACUUCAGUAUACCAUAGUAACAUCUGACAAAAAUAUCUCAUAACACUGAAGCAGCGAACUUUGUGAAGACCAAUACUUGUCAUUCUCAACUUUUGACCACGACUGUAUUUCAAGGCUAUAGCCUACAAAAAAAUAAAUUGUGAAGCAUUUGCAAGUGUGACACACUAGGCUGGCAGGAACAUUAAGCGCUCAUUUAAACAUUUCGUUGUAUUAAAUCAUCAUAGUCUAUAAAUUGCGCAUAUAGGCUGUGACUUAGAACUAAUUAAAAAAUGAAACAAAAGGCUCCUCAUCUUUGUAAGUAACCUUGAUUUUGCACCUGUGUUUUUUUUUUCAGUUUCUUUAUGAAAAUAUUUAGCGAACUCCAUGACAGUGCUUUUUAAUUCACUUUUACAAGCACGAGUUUGGCCCGAGUCUGUGGCUUCAGGCUCAUGUGAUGGUGCCUGGAGAGCAGGCCAGCAGCGGAGAAUAUCCUCUCCGUGAUUGCAGAGCCACUGGGGAUGCUAAACACCCUUCGGGCCACUCUUGCCGGGCAGGCAUGAGUUUUUAUUUUUUUAUGUGUAGGCCUAAAUGUUUUUAGGCAAAAUAACCUUAUCAAAAUGGAAAGCUUCUUGAAAGAGGUCAUAUGUCAGGCCUUUUGGGCCUAAAUCAAUGAUAGCCUAUUGUAUAGAUAAUAGAAUGUAAAUGAACAAAACUUUUAAGAGAUCAGAUUUUUUGUUUAUGAAUACUUAGCUACAAUGACACACUUAGCUAGCUACCCACCUAGUUCCUUUCUGUUAGCAUGUGCACAUAAUAUACCAUCAUGCUUUCGGGAUACGUGUCUUUUAAUAUUCCACAAUGAUUCUUUAGUUGUGGACACUACGUCACUGCACUCCCUCUCUUGCUCUAGGUCCUCAUCUUUGUAAGUCACCUUGAUUUUGCACCUGUGUUUUUCAGUUUCUUUAUGAAAAUAUUUAGCAAACUCCAUGACAGUCAUUGGGCUGGACAAGACUGAUUGAUUUGAUACAAUGUUGCACUUCACUAGCGAUAGGUCAAGAUAGAUAGAAAGGGAGGCAGACAGGCGGAGUAGAGAGAUGAAUGCAAUGGAAAUAACCUGCAUUUUAAUCAGGAUAUUUUCUGUUUUUAUUGGUCGGCUUUAUGUAUUUUUACUUAGUUGACAAAGGAAGUUAUAGGCCUCCUGCUACAUUGGCCUAGGCUAUCUCUGAGUUCCAUGCGCUCAUUUCUUUAGUCGCCAAUGGCUCGCGGUGAAUCAAUGUGUCCGUAAGGCAAAGGCUGGUGCGCUCACAUUAGUGGAAUUUUUAUGCGCGUAUGAAAAUCAUAACUGGCAUGCAGAUCAAGAUAAAUUGUAAGCUUCCCCAAACUUGAAACUCACAAACAAUUUAAUCCAUUUUAGAAUAAGGCUGUAACGUAACAAAAUGUGGAAAAAGUCAAGGGGUCUGAAUACUUUCCGAAUGCACUGUAGCAGCACACAAGUAGACUACAAAUGCAUGCUGGGCCAGGCAUGCCCUAAACUUGUGAAGUGAGCGGUACUGGAGCGAAAUUGGAGCGGGUGAGAAGGCGGGGAAACUCACCCUGCGCUCCCGUCAAAUUUGGCAAGCUCCUCGCUCUGCUCUCAUACUCUGGCUACAUGACACAGGAGUGGUGUCAUUUCUCUUAAAGAGACAAUAGGCUACUUCUAUGAAAGUGUUGUUGAUCUCUAGGCCUAACGUGGUCUCAAAUGAAAGGGCAACCGAUUGUAAGCUGUUGCUCCAUAGACAACUGAAAUCAACCAAAAGGAGCUCAAUAAAUCAAUCCAUGAAGACAGUCUUAUUAAAUAUGAAUUCACCUGUAUUGUGAGUAGGCCUAUGCAAUCUUGCUACACCCAGUUUAUCAAGAAAUUGACUCAAAUAGAUGAUUGCCAUUAUGUUAUGUAGUUAUUGUUAAAAACAAAGUCAAAUUGAUUGUAUGGUUGUAUAACUGAUUUGUUGAAUGCAUAUAUGGCUGUCUCUGGAUCAUUCAAAUGUUGAAAUGUAAUUAUAUGUAAACCCAUAUAGGUCGUUCUCUACAGAAAAUGAUAACAAGCGUUUCUUCCAGAUAGUCCCUCCCUGUUUCUGUCCAUUUUCUUCAGUUUCCUGCUUACAUAACACGACCGUGGUACAUCGACAUUGUUGGUGUAAAUAAAAAUGUGUGGUCUUGUUGUGUUGAAGGUAUGAACCCUGGUGGAAUGAACCCACCCCCUCCUGGUAUAAGUACUGGUGGAAUGAACCCACCCCCUCCUGGUAUGUCCAUGAUGCACACCCAGAGACAGAGAGUUCCCCCGCCGCCAGGAGAGGACGCCAGAGAGGUACGACUCAGCAUAACAUCAAACUAAUAGACAUUUUCCUUGUAAAUACUGUUUGUAUUAGUCCACUUUGUGCUCAUAAACAUAAGGGACAAAUACUUAAGACCUAUGUAAAUUGAACGGGAUACUUGUAACUUAAGUUUUCAUUAGUGAGUUAUCUCAAGUAAGAAUUCUGCUGCUAUAGAAGUCUGCUGGGUGUAAGAUUGAGAAGAAAUUGAUUUGCGACAUGUUUAGUAUCAGGAGCCACCUGAUCUAAGAAAAUGGACUAUCUAAUGUGUGUGUGCGUGUUUGUGUAUCAGGUGUGGCAGGGAGAGGAGGUGGGCAUUGGCCCUAAGAUCCCUCAGGCCCUGGAGAAGAUCCUCCAACUGAAGGAGAUCAGACAGGAGCAGCUCAGCACUGCUCCCACAGGUCAGAACAGGGAACUACACACGAGUUGGAUUAUGCAUAAAUCCAUGAAUCAUUAACAAAUUAUAAAAUCAUGACUUAAACAAAUAAAGUAAGCUAACUCUAUUUAUAAAAUAUAUUUAUUGAAUGUUUCUUAAUAUCUUUCAUAUAUUAAUAUCUUCAUAUCUUUCAGUAAGUUAACAACCAAACCUCUAACUCUCAUGGUAUCUUUCUAUUCUAAGUACUGCAGUCCUAGUUCUUGUUAUCUGGGUUCCGAGCCUUGCAGGAGCUCGAACUGGUCAGUGAAUGUUCUGUGUUCUCUAUCCUUUACCAAAAGAAGAGGAGGAGGAGAUCCAGGAGAUGGAGAUGAACAACUCCUCCGCCCCCGUCCUGUCUGAGACUGAAGAGGAUGACGGAUCUCUCUCCAAGAAAGAUGUGAGUAUUGUUCUCAUUCACAACUUCUCUGCUGCUGUCUGUGGGUGAAUCUCAAUUGUAUUUGCUUGAUUCCUCGCGUCCUCUCUCCUCCUUCACAAAAGGCAGCAGAGGGGAGGAACGUUGGAUCUUCUCCAAUGCGAAUUGAGAAGGAUGCGAGGAGAGAGGCCAUAAGGAAUCAAGAAAACACAAUUUUAGUUACUCCUGAAGCUCAGAGGGUCAGGAGUCAAGUUAGUAUGACUCUCAUAUAGAUAAUGAAGAUUCUGUUUUAAUUGACAUAAGCUCUUAGCAGUGUGCGGAGUAAGUAAGUAGCCUUGCAUGAACCUUAGCUUGUGCGAGCCGGAACGGCUCAUAGGAGCAGGGGUAGAGACUCUUUGGGAUGACUCAGCUGGGAAUUUAACUCACAAGCUUCCAAUCUCAGGGCGGACACUCGAACCACAAGGUCACUGAGUUGGUGUGAGGAGUAAGAAAUGGUGCUAUUUCCUAUAUUUUCUCUCUCCCCUUCUCAGAAAAACCGUAAGCGCAGGAACCGCAAGAAGAAGAACAAGAAGAGGCGUGAGCAGGAGAAGAGGGAACAGGUGGUGGAGAAGAAGGAGGAGGAUGGAGAGAAGGAGAAAGAGCAUGAGGUGGAGAUCGAGUACGUCACUGAGGAACCGGAGAUCUAUGAUCCUAACUUCAUCUUCUUCAAGAGGAUCUUUGAGGCCUUCAAGGUGAGAGCCGCCUCCGUUUUGAUCAUUUGUUAAUUCGUUAUCAGUCAAUCAGUUCGUUAUCAGUCAAAACAUCCUACAGAUUUGUCCACAAUCUUCUUGACCUUAUUAUUUACCAUUGUGAUGACCACAUGAAAUACAAUAUAUCGUAGUUAAAUUUGGGCAUGGGUUUUCUGUUUGAGUGUUAGCACAUUUCUUCAGUUAACUGGCUUUGUCUCCAGCCCUCUCACUGUUUUUUUGUCAUCCCUCAGCUGACUGACGAUGUGAAGAAAGAGAAAGAGAAGGAGCCGGAGAAAGAGAAGGAGACUCCUUCCAUGAUGAAGAAGAAGGGAUUUGAGGAGGAGAAGAAGGACAGCGAUGACAGUGAUGAUGUUAGUAUUCAUAUAUCCUAUGUGUUCCUCAUGCCUUAGCUUGGAUGAAGAAGACAUUCUCCAGCAGGACGGUCAAUACUCUGUCUCGAUUAUCUAGCCUACUGCCCUGAGUAGUGUGCACUUGUUCUCUCCCGUUCAGGGAGAAUGUUAGAGGAUUGGGACAUGGGGAUAGUGUCUUCCUGUCCAUGGUUGGCCAUGUUGUCAAUUUCUCCCUCUGUGGAACUGCUGACCAUGGAAGUCCUCCUCUUCACUCCUCUUUCUCUCUCUCUCUCCAUCUCUUUCUCUCUCCCUCCAUCUCUUUCUCUCUCUCUGUGUACAGGAGAUCAGACCAGAUGUUUCCAAGCUGUCUAAGAAGAAGCUGAGAAGGAUGAACAGACUGACUGUGGCUGAACUCAAACAGGUAAACCACUUUCUUAUAACAUAAUGGAUAUAGGAUCUAGCAGGUGUCAUUAAUGCUGUGUAUCAUUAAUGCUAUAAGUGCUGACGAUAUAUAUAUAUAUACAUACACACACACACACAGUGAAGGGAAACAAGUAUUUGAUCCCCUGCUGAUUUUGUACGUUUGCCCACUGACAAAGAAAUGGUAGGUUUAUUUGAACAGUGAGAGACAGAAUAACAACAACAAAAUCCAGAAGAACGCAUGUCAAAAAUGUUAUACAUUUAUUUGCAUUUUAAUGAGGGAAAUAAGUAUUUGACCCCCUCUCAAUCAGAAAGAUUUCUGGCUCCCAGGUGUCUUUUAUACAGGUAACGAGCUGAGAUUAGGAGCACACUCUUAAAGGGAGUGCUCCUAAUCUCAGGUUGUUACCUGUAUAAAAGACAACUGUCCACAGAAGCAAUCAAUCAAUCAGAUUCCAAGGAUGUCAGGGACAAGAUUGUAGACCUACACAAGGCUGGAAUGGGCUACAAGACCAUCACCAAGCAGCUUGGUGAGAAGGUGACAACAGUGGUGCGAUUAUUCGCAAAUGGAAGAAACACUAAAGAACUGUCAAUCUCCCUCGGCCUGGGGCUCCAUGCAGGAUCUCACCUCGUGGGGUUGCAAUGAUCAUGAGAACGGUGAGGAAUCAGCCCAGAACUACAGGGGAGGAUCUUGUCAAUGAUCUCAAGACAGCUGGGACCAUAGUCACCAAGAAAACAAUUGGUAACACACUACGGCGUGAAGGACUGAAAUCUGCCCGCAAGGUCCCCCUGCUCAAGAAAGCACAUAUACAGGCCUGUCUGAAGUUUGCCAAUGAACAUCUGAAUGAUUCAGAGGAGAACUGGGUGAAAGUGUUGUGGUCAGAUGAGACCAAAAUGGAGCUCUUUGGCAUCAACUCAACUCGCCGUGUUUGGAGGAGGAGGAAUGCUGCCUAUAACCCCAAGAACACCAUCCCCACCGUCAAACAUGGAGGUGGAAACAUUAUGCUUUGGGGGUGUUUUUCUGCUAAGGGGACAGGACAACUUCACCGCAUCAAAGGGACGAUGGACGGCGCCAUGUACCGUCAAAUCUUGGGUGAGAACCUCCUUCCCUCAGCCAGGGCAUUGAAAAUGUGUUGUGGAUGGGUAUUCCGGCAUGACAAUGACCCAAAACACACAGCCAAGGCAACAAAGGAGUGGCUCAAGAAGAAGCACAUUAAGGUCCUGGAGUGGCCUAGCCAGUCUCCAGACCUUAAUCCCAUAGAAAAUCUGUGGAGGGAGCUGAAGGUUCGAGUUGCCAAACGUCAGCCUCGAAACCUUAAUGACUUGGAGAAGAUCAGCAAAGAGGAGUGGAACAAAAUCCCUCCUGAGAUGUGUGCAAACCUGGUGGCCAACUACAAGAAACGUCUGACCUCAGAUCGCCAACAAGGGUUUUGUCACCAAGUACUAAGUCAUGUUUUGCAGAGGGGUCAAAUACUUAUUUUCCUCAUUAAAAUGCAAAUCAAUUUAUAACAUUUUUGACAUGUUUUUCUGGAUUUUUUUGUUGUUAUUCUGUCUCUCACUGUUCAAAUAAACCUACCCUUAAAAUUAUUGACUGAUCAUGUCUUUGUCAGUGGGCAAACGUACAAAAUCAGCAGGGGAUCAAAUAGUUUUUUCCCCUCACUAUAUAUAUAUAUAUAUAUAUAUAUAUAAUGCACAGUACCAGUCAAAAGUUUGGACACACCGACUCAUUCAAGGGUUGUUCUUUAUUUUUAAUAUUUUCUACAUUGUAGAAUAAUCGUGAAGACAUCAAAACUAUGAAAUAACACAUACGGAAUCAUGUAGUAACCAAAAAAGUGUUGAACAAAUUUCUUCAAAGUAGCCACCCUUUUCCUUGAUGACAGCUUUGCACACUCUUGGCAUUCUCUCAACCAGCUUCAUGAGGUAGUCACUUGGAAGGCUUUUCCAACAGUCUUGAAGGAGUUCCCACAUAUGGUGAGCACUUGUUGGCUGCUUAUCCUUCACUCUGCCGUCCGACUCAUCCCAAACCAUCUCAAUUGGGUUGAGGUCGGGUGCUUGUGGAGGUCAGGUCAUCUGAUGCAGCACUCCAUCACUCUCCUUCUUGGUCAAAUAGCCCUUACACAGCCUGGAGGUGUGUUUUGGGUCAUUGUCCUGUUGGAAAACAAAUGAUAGUCCCACUAAGCGCCAACCAGAUGGGAUGGCAUAUCGCUGCAGAAUUCUGUGGUAGCCAUGCUGGUUAAGUGUGCCUUGAAUUAUAAAUAAAUCACAGACAGGGUCACCAGCAAAGCACCAUCACACUUCCUACUCCAUGCUUCACGAUGGGAACCACAUAUGCGGAGAUCAUCCGUUCACCUACUCUGCGUCUCACAAAGACACGGCGGUUGGAACCAAGAAUCUCAAAUUUGGUCUCAUCAGACCAAACGACAGAUUUCCACCAGUCUAAUGUCCAUUGCUCGUGUUUCUUGGCCCAAGGAAGUCUCUUCUUCUUAUUGGUGUCCUUUAGUAGUGGUUUCUUUGCAGUAAUUCGACCAUGAAGGCCUGAUUAACGCAGUCUCCUCUGAACAGUUUAUGUUGAGAUGUGUCUGUUACUUGAACUCUGAAGCAUUUAUUUGGGCUGCAAUUUCUGAGGCUGGUAACUCUAAUUAACUUAUCCUCUGCAGCAGAGGUAACUCUGGGUCUUCCUUUCCUUUGGCGGUCCUCAUGAGAGCCAGUUGCAUCAAAGCGCUUGAUGUUUUUUGCGACUGCGCUUGAAGAAAGUUCUUGAAGUUCUUGAAAUGUUCCGUAUUGACUGACCUUCAUGUCUUAAAGUAAUGAUGGACUGUCGUUUCUUCUUUGCUUAUUUGAGCUGUUCUUGCCAUAAUAUGGACUUGGUCUUUUUCCAAGUAGGGCUAUCUUCUGUAUACCACCCCUACGUUGUCACAACACAACUGAUUGGCUCAAACGCAUUAAGAAGGAAAGAAAUACCACAAAUUAACUUUUAAGAAGGCACACCUGUUAAUUGAAAUGCAUUCCAGGUGACUACCUCAUGAUGUUGGUUGAGAGAAUGCCAAGAGUGUGCAAAGCUGUCAUCAAGGAAAAGGGUGGCUACUUUGAAGAAUCUCAAAUAUAAAAUAUAUUUUGAUUUAACACUUAUUUUUUUUUGGUUACUACAUGAUUCCAUAUGUGUUAUUUCAUAGUUUUGAUGUCUUCACUAUUAUUCUACAAUGUAGAAAAUAGGAAAAAUAAAGAACCCCUGGAAUGAGUAGGUGUGUCCAAACCUUUGACUGGUAAUGUAGAUAGUGUGUGUAUAUAUAUAUAUAUAUAUAUAUAUAUAUAUAUAUAUAUAUAUAUAUAUAUAUAUAUAUAUAUAUAUAUAUAUAUAUAUAUAUACAUACAUACAUACACACUAUAUAUAUAUAUAUACAUACACACUAUAUAUAUAUAUAUAUACAUACACACUAUAUAUAUAUAUAUACAUACACACUAUAUAUAUAUAUAUACAUACACACUAUAUAUAUAUAUAUAUACAUACACACUAUAUAUAUAUAUAUACAUACACACUAUAUAUAUAUAUAUACCGUGCCUUUGGAAAGUACUCAGACCCCUUGACUUUUUCCAAAAUGUAUGUUACAGCCAUAUUCGAAAGUUGAUUAAAAAAAAUAUUUACACACAGUACCCCAUCAUGAUUAAGGGAAAACAGGUGUUUAGACAUUUUUGCAAAUGUAUUCAAACAAAAAAAUUGAAAUACCUUAUUUACAGUAUUCAGACCAUUUGCUAUGAGACUCGAAAUUGAGCUCAGGUGCAUCCUGUUUCCGUUGAUCAUCCUUGAGAUGUUUUACAACUUGAUUGGAGUCCACCUGUGGUAAAUUCAAUUGAUUGGACAUUAUUUGGAAAGGCACACACCUGUCUAUAUAAGGUCCCACAGUUGAGAGUGCAAGUGAGAGCAAAAACCAAGCCAUGAGGUCGAAGGAAUUGUCCGUAGAGGUCCGAGACAGGAUUGUGUCGAGGCACAGAUCUGAGGAAGGGUACCAAAAAAUGUCUGCAGCAUUGAAGGUCCCCAAGAACACAGUGGCCUCCAUCAUUCUUAAAUGGAAGAAGUUUGGAACCACCAAGACUUCCUAGAGCUGGCCAAACUGAGCAAUCGGGGGAGAAGGGCCUUGAUCAGGGAGGUGACCAAGAACCCAAUGGUCACUCUGACAGAGCUCUAGAGUUCCUCUGUGGAGAUGGGAGAACCUUCCAGAAGGACAACAAUCUCUGCAGCACUCCACCAAUCAGGCCUUUAUGGUAGAGUGGCCAAAUUGAAGCCACGCCUCAGUAAAAGGCACAUGACAGCCCGCUUGGAGUUUGCCAAAAGGCACCUAAAGACACUCAGACCAUGAGAAACAAGAUUAUCUGGUCUGAUGAAACCAAGAUUGAACUCUUUGGCCUGAAUGCCAAGGGUCACGUCUGGAGGAAACCUGGCACAAUCCCUACGGUGAAGCAUGGUGGUGGCAGCAUCAUGCUGUGGGGAUGCUUUUCAGCAGCAGGGACUGGGAGACUAGUCAGGAUCGAGGCAAAGAUGAACGGAGCGUACAGAGUACAGAGAGAUCCUAGAUGAAAACUUGCUCCAGAGCUCUGCUCUUUUCACCUUCCACCAGCCAAGACAAUGCAGGAGUGGCUUCGGGACAAGUCUCUGAAUGUCCUUGUGUGGCCCAGCCAGAGCCCGGACUUGAACCUGAUCUAACAGCUCUGGAGAGACCUGAAAGUAGGUGUGCAGCAACGCUCCCCAUCCAACCAGACAGCUUGAGAGGAUCUGCAGAGAAGAAUGGAAGAAACUCUCAGAAUACACGUGAGCCAAGCUUGUAGCGUCAUACCCAAGAAGACUCGAUGCUGUAAUCGCUGCCAAGGGUGCUUCAACAAAGUACUGAGUAAAGGGUCUGAAUACUUAUGUAAAUGUGAUAUUUCUGUAUUUUAUUUAUUUAUAAAUUAGCAAAAAUGUUGAAAAACCUGUUUUUGCUUUAUUAUGGGCUGUUGUGUGUAGACUGAGGGGGGGAAACAAUUUAAUAUAUUUUAGAAAAAGGCUGUAACGUAACAAAAUGUGGAAAAAGUCAAGGGGUCUGAAUACUUUGCGAAUGCACUGUGUGUGUACACACACUACCGUUCAAAAGUCACUUAGAAAUGUCCUUGUUUUCCAUGAAAACAUACAUGAAAUGAGUUUGAAUAGGAAAUAUAGCAAACACAUAGGAAAUGUAGUCAUUGACAAGGUUAGAAAUAAUGAUUUUUAAUAGAAAUAAUAAUUGUGUCCUUCAAACUUUGCUUUCAUCAAAUAAUCCUCCAUUUGCAGCAAUCACAGCCUUGCAGACCUUUGGCAUUCUAGUUGUCAAUUUGUUGAGGUAAUCUGAAGAGAUUUCACCCCAUGCUUCCUGAAGAACCUCGCACAAGUUGGAUUGGCUUGAUGGGCACUUCUUACGUACCAUACGGUCAAGCCGCUCCCACAACAGCUCAAUAGGGUUGAGAUCCGGUGACUGCUGGCCACUCCAUUAUAGACAGAAUACCAGCUUGACUGCUUCUUCCCUAAAUAGUUAUUGCAUAGUUUGGAGCUGUGCUUUGGGUCAUUGUCCUUUUGUAGGAGGAAAUUGGCUCCAAUCAAGCGCAGUCCACAGGGUAUGGCAUGGCGUUGCAAAAUGGAGUGAUAGCCUUCCUUCUUCAAGAUCUCUUUUACCCUGUACAAAUCUCCCACUUUACCACCACCAAAGCACCCCCAGACCAUCACAUUGCCUCCACCAUGCUUGACAGAUGGCAUCAAGCACUCCUCCAGAAUAUUUUCAUUUGGUCUGCGUCUCACAAAUGUUCUUCUUUGAUCCGAACACCUCAAACUUCGAUUCGUCGGUCCAUAACACAUUUUUCCAAUCUUCCUCUGUCUUCCUCUCUCUGUGUUCUUUUGACGUUGAGACUGGUGUUUUGCGGGUACUAUUUAAUGAAGCUGCCAGUUGAAGACCUGUGAGGCGUCUGUUUCUCAAACUAGACACUCUAAUGUAUUUGUCCUCUUGUUCAGUUGUGCACCGGGGCCUUCCACUCCUCUUUCUAUUCUGGUUAGAGCCAGUUUGCACUGUUCUGUGAAGGGAGUAGUACACAGCGUUGUACGAGAUCUUCAGUUUCUUGGCAAUUUUUUGCAUGGAAUAGCCUUUUUAUUUCUCAGAACAAGAAUAGACUGACGAGUUUCUGGCCAUUUUGAUUCUGUAAUCGAACCCACAAUUGCUGAUGCUCCAGAUACUCAACUAGUCUCAAGGCCAGUUUUAUUGCUUCUUUAAUCAGCACAACAGUUUUCAGCUGUGCUAACAUAAUUGCAACAGGGUUUUCUAAUGAUCAAUUAGCCUUUUAAAAUGAUAAACUUGGAUUAGCAAACACAACAUGCCAUUGGAACACAGGACUGAUGGUUGCUGAUAAUGGGCCUCUGUACGCCUAUGUAGAUAUUCCAUUAAAAGUCAGCCGUUUCCAGCUACAAUAGCCAUUUAAAACAUUAACAAUGUCUACACUGUAUUUCUGAUCAAUUCGAUGUUAUUUUAAUGGACAAAAAAAUUGCUUUUCUUUCGAAAACAAGGAAAUGUCUAAGUGACCCCAAACUUUUGAACUGUGUAUGUAUGUAUGUGUGUGUGUAUAUAUAUAUAUAUAUAUAUUUUUAUCUCUCUCGCAGGCAUUUUUCAUACUCACAAAAAGCUUAUCUCUCAAAUUUUGUGCAGACAUUUAUUGACAUCCCUGUUAGUAAGCAUUUCUCCUUCGCCAAGAUAAUCCAUCCACCUGACAGGUGUGGCAUAUCAAGAAGCUGACUAAACAGCAUGAUCAUUACACAGGUGCACCUUGUGCUGGUGACAAUAAAAGGCCACUCUAAAAUGUGCAAUUUUGUCACACAACACAAUGCCACUGAUGUCUCGAGUUUUGAGGGAGCGUGCAAUUGGCAUGCUGACUGCAGGAAUGUCCACCAAAGCUGUUGUCAGAUAAUUGAAUGUUAAUUUCUCUACCAUAAGCCGCCUCCAACGUCGUUUUACAGAAUUUGGCAGUACGUCCAACUGGCCUCACAACUGCGGACCAUGUGUAACCACGCCAGCCCAGGACCUCCACAUCCGGCUUCUUCACCUGUGGGAUCGUCUGACAUGCUGACCACACCGCUUGCGUUACAAAAUAAAUGUACACAUACAUGUUAUUCAAUAAUUUCAUCCAAACUGCUUGCGCGCGUCAACGAGCGUCUACGUAGCCAGGCUCUAAAAUAGAACUCUCUAUUUUAGAUGCUUGACGCGCUGCAAGUCCCGCCUCUCCCAUCUCAUUUUUGUUAUUUAGGAGCAUAUACCCACGUGGGUGAUUGAAAGCUGAACUGAGGUCCACACUCCAGUCGGUGGUUAUAAUGCACCUUAAAGUUGGUUGCCAACCAUCAUACAAAGUCCGAAGAAGAAGACUGAAGGAGGAGAGAUUACUAGAAAUUUACUAGGUUUACCCUUUUCUCUGUGGAUUAAUUGUCAGAGUAGAGGACCUUGUGCAUUUCAGGUAAAUUAACAACCCAAUGUUUAAAUCCCAGGACAAAUUAGCUAGCAACAGCAAGCUAGCUAAAUUGCCAUAAAUAUUUAAUGCUUUUCGACCUGUCCCCAAAUUAAUAUAGUUGGUUCAGAGCGUAGUGCCAGUAACCGAAAGGUCGCUGGUUCUAAUCCCCGAGCCAACUAGUUGAAAAAUCUGUCUGUGCCCUUAAGCAAGGCACUUAACCCUAAUUGCUCCUGUAAGUCGCUCUGGAUAAGAGUGUCUGCUAAAUGACUAGAAAUGUAAAAUGCAUAAGCUACGGACAACGAACACAAUUGCAUUUUAUCGAUAGCAAUUUGAAUGCACAGAGAUACCGUUACGAGAUCCUGAGGCCCAUUGUCGUGCCAUUCAUCCUUCACCAUCACCUCAUGUUUCAGCAUGAUAAUACACUGCCCCAUGUCGCAAGGAUCAGUACCCAGUUCCUGGAAGUUGAAAAUGUCCCAGUUAUUCCAUGGCCUGCAUACUCACCAGACAUGUCACCUAUUGAGCAUGUUUGGGAUGCUCUGGAUCUACGUGUACGACAGCGUGUUCUAGUUCCUGCCAAUAUCCAGUAACUUCGCCAUUGAAGAGGAGUGGGACAACAUUCCACAGGCCACAAUCAACAGCCUGAUCAACUAUAUGUGAAGAAGAUGUCGCGCUGCAUUAGGCAAAUGGUGGUCACACCAGAUACUGACUGGUUUUCUGAUCCACACCCCAACCUUUCUUUUUAAGAUAUCUGUGACUAACAGAUGCAUAUCUGUAUUCCCAGUCGUGACAUCCAUAGAUUAGAGCCUAAUUUAUUUAUUUCAAUUGACUGAUUUCCUUAUAUGAAUUGUAACUCAGUAAAAUCUUUGCCAUUUUUGCGUUUUAUAUUUUUGUUCAGUGUGUAUAUAUGCAUGCUCGGUGAACAAUGUGCCUCCUUUGCAACCUCCCACCUAUCACUUCUCUCCCUUCUCUCCUUUCAUCCCCCUCCCUCGCUCCUCCUCUCCAGUUGGUGGCGCGUCCUGAUGUGGUGGAGAUGCAUGACGUGACUGCCCAGGAGCCCAAGCUGCUGGUGCACCUGAAGGCAACCAGGAACACGGUGCCCGUCCCCCGACACUGGUGCUUCAAGAGGAAGUACCUCCAGGGCAAGAGGGGUAUAGAGAAGCCCCCCUUUGAGCUGCCAGAGUUCAUCAAGAGGACGGGCAUUCAGGAGAUGAGAGAGGCUCUGCAGGAGAAGGUGGGUGCCUGGUUGGGGUUGAGUGGGUACAGGGGCCACAAGCUGGUGGCAAUAUAAGUGGAUCCAUUUUGGGAUGUACUCAUGUUUGAAUGCUUUCCUCCUUUGAGGUGAACACGGAUCCAUCAUGACUAGAUAAGUGUAAGAAUGUGCUUGGGGCAUUGCUUUUAUCUGUGAUUACCUAGUACGGAAGGACCAUGUCUUUCGUGGAUCAUCAACUAGAAUUUUCUUGAGCGGAUGGUCAGUGGGCUGGAACAUAAUUGUUGACCACAAGAAGCACAGAUAUCAAAUUUGACUAAAACAUAAUUUAAAACCUUGCUUGCGUUUGUAUAUGACACAUACAGGAGGGUCAUGCACAACAAAAAUCAGAGUAGGGUACAAAGUAAGUGUGGAUGGCUGGGGGGCGGUGAAGAGUAGGGGUAGGACCCCUCUCCUGAAGUUGGAGAAUCUUGCAUUUGGCAAACACCUGAAAGGUUUUUUUUUUUUGGGGGGGGGAGACGACACGACUCUCUCUUUUUAGAGAGACUAAAUCUGAAUCUCUGCUAAAGUCUGGGUAAAAGAUUGAAAGGAUAGUGAGUCUUAUUCAGUACAUUUAGUAAUCACUUGCUUUUCUAAAGUCUACCAACCUUGCCAGCAGGAAUAACAGCUAAGAUAGUUAGACAAGCUAGCUACACUAACUUGACUUAAGAAGCCUGAAAUGGCUUCUUGGUAGCUAGUUAUGAGUUUGGGAGAUUGGGAACCUGUCUGGGCUAGCUAAAGCCAACUUCAUAAAAUUGCUAGGUGGCUAGUAGUAUUACAGAACAGGACGCAUCUGACGGGGCACGUGCCCCUGUGUGCUCUCUAUUGUACAUGGGAAUAUCUUGGAACAGAUUUCCUAAAUGAAAAUCACUUGGAGCUGAUUUGCUAGUGUUUUUACAGUCCCCCUAAAAAGUUUAAUAAAUAACAGAACAUUUUAUUUAAAAAAAGUAAAACUUGAGAGGCCAAAUAAAAUCACUUGCGGGCUAAAUUUGUCCCGCGGGCCUCCAGUUGGGUAAUCCUGAUGUAUUUCUAUUGUAGUAGGACAGGAUCUAAUAUGCAUCUGUUUUAUCCUGUAGAAACGCUUUAACGCUAUGUUCCCUGUUCACAGGAGGAUGCCAAGACCAUGAAGACCAAAAUGAGGGAGAAGGUUCGUCCCAAGAUGGGCAAGAUCGACAUCGACUACCAGAAGCUCCACGACGCCUUCUUCAAGUGGCAGAUGAAGCCUAAACUCUCCAUCCAUGGAGACCUCUACUACGAGGUAGAUACACUAUAUGACCAAAAGUAUGUGGAAACCUGCUCGUCGAGCACCUCAUUCCAAAAUCAUGGGCAUUAAUAUGGAGUUGGUCCCCCUUUGCUGCUAUAACAGCCUCCACUCUUGGAACAUUGCUGCGGGGACUUGCUUCCAUUCAGCCACAAGAGCAUUAGUGAGGUUGGGCACUGAUGAUGGGCGACUAGGCCUGGCUCGCAGUCGGCAUUCCAAUUCAUCCCAAAGGUAUUCGAUGGGGUUGAGGUCAGGGCUCUGUGCACGCCAGUCAAGUUCUUCCGCACCGAUCUCGACGAACCAUUUCUGUAUGGUCCUUGCUUUGUGCAUUGUCAUGCUGAAACAGGAAAGGGCCUACCCCAAACUUUUGCCUCAAAGUUGGAAGCACAGAAUUGUCUAGAAUGUCAUUGCAUGCUGUAGCGUUAAGAUUUCGCUUCACUGGAACUAAAGAGCAUAGCCCGAACCAUGAAAAACAGCCCCAGACCAUUAUUCCUCCUCCACCCAACUUUACAGUUGGUGCUUUGCAUUGGGGCAGGUAGCGUUCCCAAGUUUAAAUAAGUUGUAUUUUGUUUUACAUGUAUAGAUGGGUUGGUUGUUUAGCAACGAAGGGUUGGCUUAGAUUGUUGAAAACAUGUAAUCUAUAUUUCUUCAAUGCUUAUUGAAAACAUAAAUACAUUUGCACAAAGAGCAUUUGUUUUCUCUCAAAUAUAUCGUUACAGUUGUUGGUUAGCUAGCUAGUACAUUUUUGCCAUAUUAGCAUUGCGAUGAAAUCAGUCAAAACACCUCAAAACAAGACAUGGUAUCAAGAACAAGAUGAAACUAGCUAAAACGAGUCACUUACGAUGCCCCACAUGGCAGUUUCUUAUCAUUGUUGGUAGCUAUCUGGCCUUCCAGAAUCAUAACAACUCAUGGACUUCUGCACCAUUGAAGCAUGCGCAUCGUUUUUUGUGAAGUUGUCAGCUAACCCAACUAUUUCGGAUAUCUGAAAAAAUGUAAUAAAUUAUUUCAAUAAAGAAUUAUUUCAAAUUCCCUUCCCAUGAAUGUUAUAAACAUACCGUUCUAUUUGUCAUUAUCACAUACAUUUAGGGAAUUUAUCACGAUAUGGAUAUUUGUCCAUAUCACCCAGCUCUACUACAUGGCUUUCCUUCAAUAGUUCCUUGUUCUUGGUUCUUGAAUGAAAUCCUGGUUGUCAGUGGACUGCUCCGGUAGGUUUCUGAUUCUCACACUGACCCCUCUCUCUCUCUCUCUCUCUCUCUCUCUCUCUCUCUCUCUCUCAGGGUAAAGAGUUUGAGACCAGGCUGAAGGAGAAGAAACCAGGUGAUCUGUCAGAUGAACUGCGUAUUGCUCUGGGCAUGCCGGUUGGACCGGUGAGUUCAUCCUCAUCACCACUACUUCAUGUUAUUGUUAUCUCACCACUAACUUUAUUGUUGCUGGACAGCUUUAUAAUUAUGCUUUAUUUUAUUGAACUAAAAUAUUUAUAUUGAUGAUCAUCGUCUUUGUUGUGAGCAGAAUGACACUGAUAUACAAUGGUCUUGUCCCAUCACUAAAAUUGCUUCACCCCCCCCCCCCCCCCCCUCUCUGUGUAGAACUCCCACAAGGUGCCCCCUCCCUGGCUGAUCGCCAUGCAGAGAUACGGCCCCCCUCCCUCCUAUCCCAACCUCAAGAUCCCUGGACUCAACUCACCCAUCCCAGAGGUAAGCCUGACUUUAACACAGACAUACUCUUGAACGAUUUACCGACUUGUUAUAAUGUAAUAAAAGUGUGAAUGCUGUAUUUAAAUAUUACAGUAUUGUGAAGUUCAUUACAGAUGUUUGACUCCUCCUCAUCUUUCUCUCUCUCUCUCUCUCUCUCUCUCUCUCUCGUUUUCCCCCUCCUCUCAGAGCUGUUCGUUUGGUUACCAUGCUGGUGGUUGGGGGAAGCCUCCUGUAGAUGAGACAGGCAAGCCUCUGUACGGUGACGUGUUCGGGACCAACGCAGGAGACUUCCAGGUAAGAUCCUCCUCAUACACUGAUGGAUACCUUACGAUCCUGCCUCAUACCCCUAAUAUCUACCACACACCACACCUCCCUACACUCACUACCACAUAUGCCUAUAUGUAACAUACAACUAUUCUGCUUUUAAUCUAUUGGUGUAUUGACUAUUGGCCUAAUGUGUGUGUCUCUGUGUAGGCUAAGGCUGAGGAGGAGGAGGUGGAUCGUACGCCGUGGGGAGAGCUGGAGCCUUCAGACGAGGAGUCUUCAGAGGAAGAAGAGGAAGAGGAAAGCGACGAGGAGAAACCAGACGAAACCGGCUUCUUCACGCCGGCAGACAGGUAGAUUUUCACGUUGUUUACUGGCCGUUUUAAACACAACAAGUUGACAUUGACUUGAAAUGAACCAGUCUCUUUAUUCUGUUGGAUCAAUUGGCCUUUGAUCGCGCGUAAUGAAAUUCCCAUUUGUAUUUGGUUGACUUGAAUACCUUGAUCAGUGUUCCAACUCCAAACCUGUUUGUGAAUGUGUCUCCCCCAGUGGUCUGAUCACCCCAGGAGGCUUCUCGUCGGUGCCUGCUGGUAUGGAGACUCCAGAGCUCAUUGAGCUGAGGAAGAAGAAGAUCGAGGAGGCCAUGGACGGGUGAGUGUGUGGCCAUACUUGGGCUGUGUGUGUAUUCUCUAUUAUAUGUGUGUGUUUUGUGCUACCUAGGCUGUGAAUGUGUGGGUUUGUAUCUUCUAGUGAUUGAUUGAUUUAUUUCUACUGAAUUAUGUGAAGGAAUGAGACUCCUCAGCUGUUCACGGUGCUCCCAGAGAGGAGGACGGGCUCUGUAGGAGCAGCCAUGAUGGCGUCCACACACAUCUACGACGUAUCAGGGGUAAGAACAACAACGUCUGCUUUCAUGCAAGUUUUGAUACAUACUGUACACUAAAGCAUUGCAUAGUCUACACAUCUACAUCCAUCCUCACGAUCAUACUCACACACACACUAUGACUGCGCCCCAAUCGGCACCCUAUCUCCUAUAUAGUGCACUACUUUCGGCCAGGUUUCCAACCAAUUUGGACGCAGUCGAAUUGGGUCGUACCACACACACACACACACUAGGGAAUAGGGUGCCACUGCCAUUUCAGAUUGUCUUUUGUUUGACCCCCCCCCCCCUCUCUCUUUAUCCUUCUCCAGGCGAUGGCGGGUCGUAAGGCGGGCGGAGGCCAGGAGUCCCAGGGGGUGGAGGUAGCCCUGGCCCCAGAGGAGUUGGAGCUGGACCCAAUGGCCAUGACCCAGAAGUACGAAGAGCACGUCAGGAACCAGGAGGCCCAGGUGGAGAAGGAGGACUUCAGCGACAUGGUGGCUGAGCACGCCGCCAAACAGAAGGUGAGAGGGAGCGACUGCAGGCUAGUGUACUGGAAAUCUUAUUCUAGGUUUUGAAGUGUAUUAGACCACUAGAGCCUUGCUGAGGUUGAGCGUGUUUGUAUUGUACUGGAAGUGUUCUUUAACCAGUUUUCAGUUCAAAAGGAAGCAAAAACUAACACUAGAUGGGAAGACUAGAUGGCUGUUUUUAAUAUCUCUACUGUUAUGAGUGAUUUCAAAACCUAAAUCCCUAUUAAAACUUUAACUCUAGGAAUCCUUCAAUGUUUUUUAAAUCCACUUUCAUAAUUACUGACUAGGUGAAAAAUCUGCCGAUGUGCCCUUGAGCAAGGCACUUCACCCUAAUUUCUCCUGUGUAAGUCGCUCUGGAUAAGAGCGUCUGCUAAAUGACUAAAAUGUAAAUGUAAAAAUGUAACUAAUAUUGCAAGGUCUUGCUUUUUUAAAAUGUUAUCUCUAUGCUUAUGAAUAGGCCAUCCUGUAAUAUCAGUAUUUGAACAUUGCGUGCACAUGCACAGCUAUCUCCCUCCUUCCUCUCUCCCUCUUAUCAGCCCUGUAGAGAUAAGCAUGUGUGUGUGUCGGUCUCUGUGUGUAUUUGUGUCAGAACCCCUCCUGCCUCAUAACGGGCUGUUCUGUACUCAUUAGCACAGAGACCUACAGUGGGGAAAAAAAGUAUUUAGUCAGCCACCAAUUGUGCAAGUUCUCCCACUUAAAAAGAUGAGAGAGGCCUGUAAUUUUCAUCAUAGGUACACGUCAACUAUGACAGACAAAUUGAGAAGAAGAAAAAUCCAGAAAUCACAUUGUAGGAUUUUUUAUGAAUUUAUUUGCAAAUUAUGGUGGAAAAUAAGUAUUUGGUCACCUACAAACAAGCAAGAUUUCUGGCUCUCACAGGCCUGUAACUUCUUCUUUAAGAGGCUCCUCUGUCCUCCACUCGUUACCUGUAUUAAUGGCACCUGUUUGAACUUGUUAUCAGUGUAAAAGACACCUGUCCACAACCUCAAACAGUCACACUCCAAACUCCACUAUGGCCAAGACCAAAGAGCUGUCAAAGGACACCAGAAACAAAAUUGUAGACCUGCACCAGGCUGGGAAGACUGAAUCUGCAAUAGGUAAGCAGCUUGGUUUGAAGAAAUCAACUGUGGGAGCAAUUAUUAGGAAAUGGAAGACAUACAAGACCACUGAUAAUCUCCCUUGAUCUGGGGCUCCACGCAAGAUCUCACCCUGUGGGGUCAAAAUGAUCACAAGAACGGUGAGCAAAAAUCCCAGAACCACACGGGGGGACCUAGUGAAUGACCUGCAGAGAGCUGGGACCAAAGUAACAAAGCCUACCAUUAGUAACACACUUCGCCGCCAGAGACUCAAAUCCUGCAGUGCCAGACAUGUCCCCCUGCUUAAGCCAGUACAUGUCCAGGCCCAUCUGAAGUUUGCUAGAGUGCAUUUGGAUGACCCAGAAGAGGAUUGGGAGAAUGUCAUAUGGUCAGAUGAAACCAAAAUAGAACUUUUUGGUAAAAACUCAACUCGUCGUGUUUGGAGGACAAAGAAUGCUGAGUUGCAUCCAAAGAACACCAUACCUACUGUGAAGCAUGGGGGUGGAAACAUCAUGCUUUGGGGCUGUUUUUCUGCAAAGGGACCAGGACGACUGAUCCGUGUAAAGGAAAGAAUGAAUGGGGCCAUGUAUCGUGAGAUUUUGAGUGAAAACCUCCUUCCAUCAGCAAGGGCAUUGAAGAUGAAACGUGGCUGGGUCUUUCCGCAUGACAAUGAUCCCAAACACACCGCCCGGGCAACGAAGGAGUGGCUUCGUAAGAAGCAUUUCAAGGUCCUGGAGUGGCCUAGCCAGUCUCCAGAUCUCAACCCCAUAGAAAAUCUUUGGAGGGAGUUGAAAGUCCGUGUUGCCCAGCAACAGCCCCAAAACAUCACUGCUCUAGAGGAGAUCUGCAUGGAGGAAUGGGCCAAAAUACCAGCAACAGUGUGUGAAAACCUUGUGAAGACUUACAGAAAACGUUUGACCUGUGUCAUUGCCAACAAAAGGUAUAUAACUAAGUAUUGAGAAACUUUUGUUAUUGACCAAAUAUUUAUUUUCCACCAUAAUUUGCAAAUAAAUUCAUUAAAAAUCCUACAAUGUGAUUUUCUGGAGAGAAAAAAAUCUCAUUUUGUCUGUCAUAGUUGACGUGUACCUUUGAUGAAAAUUACAGGCCUCUCAUCUUUUUAAGUGGGAGAACUUGCACAAUUGGUGGCUGACUAAAUACUUUUUUCCCCCACUGUAUGUCAACAUGUGCUGGGAUAGGGGGGUAGAAGGGUGAAAGUAGUGUUUUCACUGUUGAAUGGCAAUAUCGACAACCUAUUUUCUCUCUCUCAUUUCUCUUUCUCUCUCUCCCACAGCAAAAGAAGAGGAAGGCCCAGCCCCAAGACACACGAAGUGGUGCCAAGAAAUACAAAGAGUUCAAGUUUUAGACCAACAAGAUCACACAGGGAGGAAAUGGUAAGGCAGAAUGAGACGAACAGGGCUCAGAUUUUAAACCACGAGGAACCAGACUGUUUCACUACCGCAAAACCAUCCAUUAUUGCUGUUUUUAUUUUCCUUUUAAUGAUGAUGUUAAUAAGUGUCUGGCAGGGUUGGGGUCAAUUCCAUUUUAAUUCCAGUCAAUUCAUAAAGUAAACCAAAUUC